GGGUGAGGCGAGCUUACAGAUCAAGAAGGUUUUUGGGCUCCGCCGCUCGACAAGUUUUUGAACACUCCAGCGAGAUUGUUUUUGCAUUUCACAUCUUUUGCAACUUCUACUACAGUUGAGGAUCAACAAAUGGAAGUGGACUCAAACCCUGUGCCUCUCUAUACCGCGGAACAGAUCCGGAUUCCGCCAGAGCUCCCAGACAUUCUGAAAAAGUACACAAAACAUAUCAUACGCUCGCAACCGGGAAAUAUUCUUGAAGCAUCUGCAGAUUAUUUCGGGCGCUUAGCAAAGCAGCGUCAUGACGGCGGUGGGGCAAAACGACUCAACAACAUGCAGUUGGAGGCGUUUUACACCAAGUUUGACCGCACGGAUAAGGUAGUGGUGACAAAACACGAGGUGGAUGACGCCUGCAAUGCUGUCAAUAUAACUCCGGCUCAUGUAAAUGACGUUAUGAGACUCGGCGGCUGGCCCGGCGACAAAAUCCCAUGGCUCAAAUUUUGGGCUCUUUUGGUGGCUUCAACAGCUGGCACUCUGACAGCUACAUUGGAGACGGUGACGAGCAUUCUCGGUGACAACGGUCGCGUCAGUUUGAGUUCGGUCAUCGAAGUCCUACAGUAUCUUGCAGAGCAGGAUCCCAGUAUUGACAAGGCUCAAGCCGAGGGGGUUGCGCAGACACUCAUGGGUUCACCAACCAACGACUACGACAUUAAGGAACUUCUGGACCUAGUUCGUAGAGAAAUUCGACCGCGCAGCGGAGCCAACGCAGCCUCCAUGUGGACCCCCGCUCAACCUGCAACCACCUCGAAUGCGGCAGAGUCUAUGGAUAUAACAGAAGAUACGCACGACGAGGAUAUUAACAACCAGGAAAUGCCCGAUGCGGAAGGCAACCCAACUGAGUAAUAGAUACCCGCACUGUUAUACUUUCUAGAGCUAUCCCUAUUUCAAUGGUGAACACGCAAUGUAACAUACUUAAUCGACUAUCAGAACAUUCGGAAUUCGUCA